AUGGAUUUCUUGGUCACAGAUGUGUUUGAAAAGGGGGCUAGUGACGGCACGUGGAACCUGCUCUGGUAUCAGUAUAUUGAGGCGAUUGGCCGUCAAUGCGUGAACCCCGAUAGAAAAUUACGUGCUCAGGCUCUGAACUACUUCCAGAGGGUUCUGCUUUCCCAGGAAGUUCAUUCCAGACAGGGGUUCGAUUGGAUCGCUACUUUCGAUAGAGCUAUUUUCCCGUUGAUUGCCACGAUGCUGAAACCCGAGGUCUACGAAAUCGACCCUAAUGGCAUGGCUGCCACAAGACUUCAAGGAGCUUCUCUUCUCUGUAAGAUAUUCCUUCAGUAUGUCAUCCAAGUGCAACAGCAUUCUAAAGACGUUCUCAGCUUGUGGAUCCGCAUUCUCGACACGUUAGAUCGUCUUGUAAACAGCGGUCAACGAGACUCGCUUAAAGAGUCAGUGGUCGAGUCACUCAAAAACGUCAUCCUCGUCGUCAGUUCGUCCGAGUUUGGUGCUGAUGAGGAAUUCUGGGAUCAGACUUGGAAACGUCUUGAUAGUUUUGUCCCUGGUCUCAAAGAAGAGCUUUUCCCGGCAGCACCACCCUCACCACCUGCACCCCCUGCUCCUGAGACAACUCCCCAGACCGAGCAAAAUCCCGAGGCAGUCACUGAAACUCCACCUGCUUCUUCUUAA